GACUGGAACCACAACAGAACCCGUGUUGAGCCGAGCCACAACACGGAGGCUCUGGAUCACUCCAGUUCCGAGCAGGUUUCACGUCGCCGCCCGUUUUGCCACUUCCAGGACAUAACUUGGAUAUGGCUACCUCCAUUCUUGGGGAAGAGCCUCGUUUUGGAACGACACCUUUAGCAAUGCUGGCUGCGACCUGCAACAAAAUCGGAAACACGAGCCCCCUCACCUCUUUGCCCGACUCCAGCGCCUUCUCCAAGGGUGGAUUUCACCCGUGGAAGAGAUCCACGUCGAGCUGCAACUUGGGCUCGGCUCUGCCCGGCUUCGCGGUGGCGACCAGCCGCGCCCCUACGGGACUACCGCCGACGAGCGGCGCGGGCAGCAGCGCCUUCUGCCUGGCCUCCACCUCGCCCACAUCGGCCGCCUUCUCCAGCGAGUACGGCGGCUUGUUCACCAACGGCGGCGGAGUGUCGAGCCAGGAGUCCGGCCAGUCGGCCUUCAUCUCCAAGGUGCACACCUCCGCGGAGAGCCUGUACCCGCGGGUGGGCAUGGCGCACCCGUACGAGUCGUGGUACAAGUCCGGCUUCCACUCCAGCAUCUCCGGCGAGGUUGCCAACGGCGCGUCGUCCUGGUGGGACGUGCACACCAACCCGGGCUCGUGGCUCGACGUCCAGAACCCCUCGGGCCCCCUUCAGGGCUCCCUGCACUCGGGCACGCCGCAGGCCAUCCACUCGCAGCUGAGCGGCUACAACGCGGAUUUCUCGUCGCUCACGCACUCGGCCUUCAGCUCGACGGGAAUCGGCCCCGGCGCGUCGCACCUGCUGACCACCGGCCAGCACCUGUUGGCCCAGGACGGCUUCAAAACGGUGCUGCCCGCCUACACGGACACCUCCGCCGCAGCGGCGGCCAACGCCAUGAUCUCCGGGGGUGGCUCGGGGAUAAGCGGCUCGUCGCGCUCGUCGCGGAGAUACUCCGGGCGGGCGACGUGCGACUGCCCGAACUGCCAGGAGGCCGAGCGUCUCGGGCCGGCCGGGGCCAGCCUCCGGCGCAAGGGACUGCACAGCUGCCACAUCCCGGGCUGCGGCAAAGUCUACGGUAAGACGUCGCACCUCAAGGCGCAUCUGAGGUGGCACACGGGUGAGAGACCGUUCGUGUGCAACUGGCUCUUCUGCGGCAAGCGCUUCACGCGCUCCGACGAGCUGCAGAGACACCUGCGGACCCACACCGGCGAGAAGCGCUUCGCCUGCCCGGUGUGCAAUAAGCGCUUCAUGCGCAGCGACCACCUGAGCAAGCAUAUCAAGACGCACACUGCCGGGGGAGGAGGCAAGAAGGGCAGCGACAGCGACACCGACACCAGCAACCUGGAGACCCCGAGGUCCGAGUCCCCGGACCUUAUUUUGGAAGGGGUCAACCCCAGGAUCACGGUUAAGGACCAGUCCCCCCACGACGAGCCCUGAUGAGAAAAAAAGGAACUCCCCCCUGUCUCCCAGCGUCCGAACUGCUUCACACGGGUCUUAUUUAAUAAGGGAAUAUUUAAAACUGAAAUAAGAUCUCUCACCUCCUCGCGCUUUGGCAGUAUUUUAAUUGGGAGGAGAAACCUGUUGAACUUGGGACAAUGUGAGUUGCAUCUUGUAUAUGACCAACGACCACGUGCUCAUUCCAUGUUCUUGUCGUUCUUAAAAUUGUUUUCGUUCAUGUUGCUUCUAUCCUGAACGUCAGGGAGUUUACUUUUCGAUGCACUUUGUGGAUAUAUGUACGUGCACAGCUUUCUUCAGAUUUUCCGUUUUAUUUUAAUUUUUGUUGCUCGAAAAAAAAAUCUAUAUAUAAAUGUUUACCUGUAAAAAAAAUCCACACGUAUUAGACUUUCAUUUUAAAAAAGAAUUAAAACACGUUGAAAAGGC